AUGGCUACCGCUACUGUUGCUAAGAUGCCCUCGGCUCCUCCUACGGAAACCACCACAGGUCCACUUUUGGCUGGCGAGCACACAUUGCCCGCUUCUUGGUGGACAAGUGAAAGCAUUUUUGACUUGGAAAAGAGAGCCAUUUUUAACAAGUCGUGGAUGUUUUGCACUCAUGCUUCCAGAUUCCAGAAGGCUGGAGACUAUUACUCUUACACUGUUGCUGGGAUCAACUUUUUCAUAAUCAAAUCCAAGGUCGACGGCAAGUUGAAGGCAUUCCACAAUGUCUGCAGACACAGAGCAUAUCCUGUAGUCAGAAAGGAGAAGGGUUCUUCCAUUGUUUUGGGUUGUAAAUAUCAUGGAUGGAGUUACGACACUGAUGGCAAGUUGAGAAAGGCACCUCAUUUCGACAAUGUGGAAGGUUUUGAAAAGGAAGAAAACUCGUUGUUUCCAAUCAAAACUCACACUACAGAUCAGGGUCUUGUUUUCAUCAACUUCGACAACGACGAAUCUGAAGAUUUCAUACCUUUCGAUAAAUGGUUUGAAGGUCUUAACGUUGAACUCAACGAAUUUGAUUUCGGCGACUACGAAUACCACAUGUCCUACGAGUUAGACGGUCAAUUUAACUGGAAGACUCUUAUGGAUGGCUACCAAGAAUGU